UCCAGUAAAGUCCCGCUCCGGCUCAGGAGGCUGGAGUUCCGAGGACUGGGAGCCGCUGCACGCCCCCGGCUUUCCCCCAUGGCUUCGGUGACUAGAGCCGUGUUUGGAGACCUGCCCUCAGGGGCAGGGACAGUGGAGAAGUUCCAGCUGCAAUCAGAUCUGCUGAAAGUGGACAUCAUCUCCUGGGGCUGCACCAUUACGGCCCUGGAGGUCAAAGACAGGCAGGGCAGGGCGUCAGAUGUGGUGCUCGGCUUUGCAGAGUUGGAAGGUUACCUCCAAAAGCAGCCCUACUUUGGAGCCGUGGUUGGCCGGGUGGCCAACCGAAUUGCCAAAGGAACAUUCACAUUGGAUGGGAAGGAGUAUAAGCUGCCCAUUAACAACGGACCCAACAGUCUGCAUGGAGGAGUCAGAGGGUUUGAUAAGGUCCUCUGGACCCCUCAGGUGCUGUCAAAUGGCGUCCAGUUCUCGAGGGUCAGUCCAGAUGGUGAGGAAGGCUACCCUGGGGAGUUGAAAGUCUGGGUGACGUACACGCUGGAUGGUGGGGAGCUUAUGAUCAACUACCGAGCCCAGGCCAGUCGGACCACACCGGUCAAUCUGACCAACCAUUCUUAUUUCAACCUGGCAGGCCAGGGUUCUCCAAACAUAUAUGACCACGAAAUCACUAUAGAAGCUGAUGCCUUUUUGCCCGUGGAUGAAACCCUGAUUCCUACAGGAGAAGUUGCUCCAGUGCAAGGAACUGCCUUUGACCUGAGGAAGCCAGUGGAGCUUGGAAAACACCUGCAGGAGUUCCGUAUCAAUGGCUUUGACCACAAUUUCUGUCUGAAGGGCUCUAAAGAAAAGCACUUUUGUGCACGGGUCCGCCAUGCCGGCAGCGGGCGGGUGCUGGAGGUGUACACCACCCAGCCUGGGGUCCAGUUCUACACGGGCAGCUUCCUGGACGGCACGCUGCAGGGCAAGAGGGGAGCCGUCUAUCCCAAGCACUCUGGUUUCUGCCUGGAGACCCAGAACUGGCCUGAUGCUGUCAACCAGCCCCACUUCCCUCCUGUGCUGCUGAGGCCCGGGGAGGAGUAUGACCACACCACUUGGUUCAAGUUUUCUGUGGCUUAAGCAUAAAGACAUGACCUCUUCCAGGGCCAGGCCGGGAGCCCCUUCAGCAGCCUGUCUCCUGCCCAGAGAGGAGAUGAAGACUUAGAGGCUUUCAAAGUGAUCCUGCGAAUUAAAACCAUGUAAAGGGUAGCUUCAUAGUAA